CCCUUAAUGGACUUAUCUCAUUUGUAUCAUUAUAUUUUUCGUGAAUACGCCGAUGAAAUUUAUGAAUUAAAUCUGACAUAUCGUUUACCAUUUUUAUACUAAUGUGAUAAAGUUACUGAUCUGUAUAUAUCGUAGAAUAGUACUAUAUGAAAUGAAAAAAAGUCAAUUUAAAAUUUACAAAAUAUGUUCAAAUUUUUUUCACAAGUCAUUGAAUAUAUGUAAAUACUAUAGCAAAACAUUUUGUAUCUGUGUAGUUAUAUAUCAUAGUUAUACAACGAAAACCAGACUUCAUCCCUGACAACUGUGACAAUAGAGUUGAAUUCAGUAAGUGAAAAGAACAAAAAGGCAUGCGUUCAAAAUCCUAUGUUGAAUCAUCAACCUCACCAGGAGAUGAAAAGAUAUUAAGCAAGUCUAUCUGCCAGAGGUUCAUCAUAUAAGAAUACUGAGAAACGUGGAAAUCGAAGAAAAAUUCUCAGUAAAGGAGCUGCCAUAUUCUUGGAUUGAAAUGGAGUUUGUCAGUCUUCCCUUAGGCACAUAGAUCGAAGAAAGAGCAAAGAAUUUUUUCACCAAACCACAUUAUAUAAAAAUGAAAAGAAUAAUAGUUCAACGGAAAGCAAAAGAAACACACAAUUCCAAAAUGAAGACCUAAGUAAGAAAACUUAAUUUGACCUUAAACCGCUGUUUUUUUAACAAAUUAUUUCAUGCACUGCAACACAAACGAAGACAAUCAAGUCAUUCAUUGAUUCCGCUUCGAUCGAUGGGACAGCAACUUCAGACAGUCGCAGUGACCUUACGCAAAACUAUCUGAAUCCACAGGAAGAUGCGAAUAAAUGUCUUUUAACAAGGAACUUAAUUCACUGAAAAAAAUUGACCCGAAGAGAAGCCAUCAUAUAGUACUAAAACGACCGUUGGUCAUCGCAAUCGCUUAAGACACUUCUACCAAUCUAGUAGUACUAUCCUCAUAACACAUCGAGACAAACAUCUUUACUAUUAAUCACAAAGAAUUAAAUAAAAAUUCUGGAACCUAAGUACCCCGUGCGUUUCGAAAAUGAUUGCACUUAUUGUAUUCAGUGGAGAUUAUAGUAGAAGAAUCGAUGUUGCUACUGUUGUGUUGAUCGACGAAAUGAAUUCAUCACACGUAAAACAGAUCUUUAUAUACCCGAAGGCGUGAGACACAACAACAACCUAGGAGAAACGACAACAAAAUAAUGGUCACGUCUCAUAUUUGCAAUUUCACGUUGAACUUUUAACAACUAUUUCUGAAAUUCUACUUUUUAACAGUCCUCUUUUUAUUAUAAGUAGAAUGACAACGUGUAUUGUGAAGCCCUGAAUAAGUUAAGAUACGUACAAACAGAAUUUCAUAUGUAAAAUAUUGUUUUUUAUGAGCCACUCAUGUAACAAUCACCCUUCAAAUCUUUAAAAAAAACAUUUGGUUUUGAUAUAAAUGAAAGCAAAAACUAUGAUAAUGAGAUAUGAUGCUCAUUUCAAUUUUCACGUCUUCUGCUUAUAUGUGAUAGUGACAUGCAUUAAUAAUAGCUUGUUGUCAUAUCAGAAAAAGAAAGAAAGCAAACAACAUAAAGUAGCACAUACUCUUCAUACCUAUUUUUGUUUUGAUGAGAUGCGACUCUACUUGAGCAACAACCUACUAAAUUAUUUACUUAUGACGAUUAGUAGCUAAUACCAAAUGUGCAACCAGAAGCUAUGCUUGAAUUCCUCAAUGUAGGUUAGAAAUGUUAUAGAGUGUAUACAAGUAGUCAUCAAUUAUUACCUAACAGUCGUUUAAAUCGCAAUAUCAUUUCGUAUUUGUCCUUCUUUCAUACAUCAAAAUAAAUCCUGUUUAGCAGACUAAGAAUUAAAAAUAAAUUUGUUAACUUGAUAUGCUUGUAGCAGAUGUUAUUUGCUUAACAUUUAGCUUUCAAAUGAGCAAAUAAAUAAUGAGUAUUUCAAAAGAAAUGAAAGAAUUAAUAAUAUUGGUUAAAGAAACCUUUAUAAAUGAAUAAUGCAGCUACUUUGACGAAGCGGCAGCGCUUCUUGUCUCUAUAUUUUUAGUUCUUCAGUAUAUUCGAGACGACAGAGGUUUUCUAUACAUCCUAAUCACAACAGGAGACUAUAAUUUCCUCAUCAAAAUGCUUAAAUUACAAAAAAUUAAUCGUUACAAGCACACUCGUACGUAAAAAGGUGACAGUCAUCUGCAACAAAUGGUACUUGGAAUGUGUCUUGCGUCAAUUUGGUAAAAGGAGAAUCAACUGACAUUAUCAUACAGUGUAACAAUCGGAUCUGAUGUCCAAUAAAACAGCAACGAUCCUCGCUGAUAUAUUGGGAGCCACAAAGAGGCACUGUGUAAAUCCAUUGAUGCAUUCAACGAAAAGCCUUUCAGAAGCACAAAUAAUCCACAAUAUCAUAGAAACAAACACUAUUGAAUGCAGCGAUUUCGUACUGAAUGCUCAGAAUAAUAAAAUAGUAUUCUUGGAGACAUACAAGAACAUUGCAACAGACAUUUGAAAAGUCUCAAAUAAUGAAACCCAUACUGAUAGAUUGAAGGUGUGAACAGAAAAGACGAAAAUAGCUCCGAUCCGAAAAAAAGAGAACAGAAACCGUUAUUCAUAAGUAUCAUGAAUGCCGAAACCUAGUACCAAAAUGAAGAUGUCUAGACACCAUUCGCAACCUAAAAGUAGAAGAAACCAUGUGAGCAAUGUGAUUCAAAUGCAAUUGAAUACAGAGGGAAAGCAGAUUGACCUAUUUCUUUGUCAUAUAAAUCAAACUGCAGCGCUUACCUUUUGAUAUUCAGCUAUCGGCCUAGCCGAAAUAAUUCUCAAAUAUUGAUGAUGUGCUAAAAAUGAAAUGAUUAGUACAGAAAAAUGAAGAGUUAAUUUAAUCGACCCGUUUCGUAUCAUUUAUCGAAAUAUGGAAACACUGAUAUUUGUUGUUUGCCCAAAGCAGCGAUGCAUGAAGAUUUUAGACAGACAACAAAAAAGAAAUAUUAUUCUGAACUUAAUGCUUCAUUUGCUGGCAAGAAACUGCCUACCAUUCUUCACUAUGUCCGAUACUGAACGACAAUAGUAAAUAGUUUUAUUGGCGAUACCUUUUCAACUAACUUCGAUCCAUUCAACUUACUCAUAAACUACUGUACAAUCUUGUCUUUAUCGAGAUUCAUUCCCUAUGGCGUAACAGCAGUGCCAUUAGGCAACACUAAACAUAAAACUCCCAAUUACAUUGCACUCUUAUCUCUAAAGACAUGACAGCAAAAAAGUGAAUUCAUCUUGUACAGAUUGCAGCUCAUUUCUGUGCAGCCAACCAUUACAUGACGAGAGACUCAUUUUUAUUCAUAUACAUCGCCUCUUUCGAGACUUAUACGAGACUUGAAUCGAUAACCCACCAGUGCUUACAGGCUUCACUUCUACAGUUCGCUCAGCGAACGCUUUCUACCCAUGCUAUUUACACUAUUGACUGUGGCAACCUUUGAAAGUCCACAGACGCAUUCAGAAUAUGCACUUCUACUAUUCGCCUUACACUUACACUUUCUUAUCAUACAGUUCAGAAAAAAGCAGAAGAAAAUUAUGACAUUCAUCAUAAUACUACUUCCAACAUCAAUCAGCAAGUUGCUAAAAAGACAAAACAAUCAAAGCGUCCCACACAUGCGAUUAUCAACCAGCACCCUAGAUGCUAAAGGAAGAAUCCGACAAACUCAUCCAGAUACAAAGGCAGUGAAACCAACGUCACAAACGAAAGUCAUGCCAAAGCAAAUACCACAAAGCCAACAAAAUACAUUUACAUCAGCACUAUACGACUAAAACCUGAAAAACCCGACCAAAAACCGGAGCCAACCUCCUUCGCGUCGGUAUCCACCCGCGGUCACUAAACCUCAAACAUCGCCGAUCAAUCCAAACUGGGCAAAAACAUAUCUUCUCUAGAAAACAGGUGUCACGUGACCGGGUAAAAAUCUUACACAUGAAAAAGUUUUUGAUCAUCACCUUCAAGAACCAGUCUCAAAACAUCCGAAAACAGAGGAGACAUACCAUCUAAAAAUUUUUUCGCAUCUCACCUACUAACAUGUGACAAGAACCCAAAAACCGGCAGAAAAACGCAAAUAACUCUGAAACGAAAGCGGCUAUCAAAAAUUCUUGGAGAGACGAACCUCCUAUUUUUUCAAGCUCUUUCCAAUCAAACCAAUCCGAACAUCCUAAACCUCAAAAUAACGAAAGGUCAUUGAAUACUUUGAAAAAAAACUCGAAGUCCUUUGCACAAAUUAAAAAAGAUUAGAUUGCACAUGAAGAGAUGUCGCCUUGAAACAAAUGAACACUUGUUACUCUUGCACAGUUAAGUAGAAAAACGUUGAAUUAUAAUAUUUAUCACGGCUUGCAACGGACAUUCAAACGCCGUAUCUCUGGCGCACAUAUCGCAAUAGUGUGGGUGCCAAGAAUGGAGUUUCAUUAAGAAAGCGUGAUACUUAAUGUGGGGUGGAGAGUACCCAACUCCGACUCCCUAAAAUUCUUGUCAAGAUACACCUUUAGGAAUAUCUUUAAAAUGGCGACUGUGAUCAAAGACCAACAAUAAUAGAAGAUACAGUGAAUAAAUUAGGCAAAAACUCUCUACAAAUCGAAACGGAUGAACUUAUUUAACAUUUAUGUAUGAUAGCUAUGAUUUAUUUACUAAAACAUAUAGAAACAAAUGAUAUUAUAUCACCAAAUACUAAUUCUCAAAUAGAUAUGCCAUCUUUCACCAUAUGUUUCUAUAAAAAAUCUAGUAUUUUAAUAGUUUGAUUCAAUAUACGAUUAUUUUUAACGUACCUUCUUACACAUACAAUAUUUAAAUCUUAUGCACUAUAUUGAGUAACACAAACUAUUCGAAUAUGCAAUCAAACAUUUGAAAAAUGAUCUGUAAAUUCAUAUAUAUUUCUCACUGAUACAAUUUUUAUAUUAUUAUGAUGGAAUUCAAUUGCUAUAUCAAGUGAACUUGAUAAAAGAGCAGUAGAACAUCUAUUAGAAUAUAUAUUUGUUAAUGCUCUAUAUAAAUCAAUAUCAGAUCCGGAUGUAAAAUCAAAACAUAAUGGAACAGUCGCUUAGCAUUAAUUGGAAUACUAUUAGCUAUUUAUAUAUUAGCAUAUAAUCAAAUAAAUGAUUAAGAAUAAAAAAAUUUCCUUUACUAUUAAAUUUCAAUGGGACAUUAAAAAAUUUAGCCAUAGUUAUUCACUGGCUAUCGUUAUAGUUGAAGUAUGAAGUCGAAGGAAAACAAAUUUCUUGCUUUUUUCCCUAAUAUUAAUAAUAAAUAAUUUUCUUUUGAAGUAUUUAAUUAGGUAGUAAAAUAUUCUUUGACACUUCCCAUGGCCUAUUUGGCAAAUAUGUUAUAUCAAUCGGCACUUAUUCGUCAUCCAUUAACUACUUGUCUGUUUACUAUAACUCGUUAUCUCAUAGUUAUAGCAGAUUUUCUAAUAGCGAAUACAAUGGAUCCAUUACUUGAAUAUCAUAAUCAAAAUUAUUGUACAGUUUGA